AUGCAGGUGCUCCGUGUGGUGCGUUUGAUUAAGAUUUCGCCGGCUCUGGAGGACUUUGUGUAUAAGAUCUUCGGUCCAGGUAAAAAGCUGGGCAGCCUGGUGGUGUUCACAGCCAGCCUCCUCAUCGUCAUGUCGGCCAUCAGCCUGCAGAUGUUCUGCUUUGUGGAGGAGCUGGACCGCUUCACCACUUUCCCCAGGGCAUUCAUGUCCAUGUUCCAGAUCCUAACCCAAGAGGGCUGGGUUGAUGUCAUGGACCAGACUCUGGUGGCUGUAGGUCAUAUGUGGGCUCCGGUAGUGGCCAUCUACUUCAUCCUCUACCAUCUGUUUGCUACCCUGAUUCUUCUCAGUCUUUUUGUGGCUGUCAUCUUGGACAAUCUGGAGUUGGAUGAAGACUUGAAGAAGCUCAAACAGCUCAAGCAAAGUGAAGCCAAUGCUGACACCAAAGAGAAGCUCCCUCUACGCCUCAGGAUCUUCGAGAAGUUCCCCAACAGACCUCAGAUGGUGCAGAUCUCCAAGCUCCCGUCUGAUUUCACCGUGCCCAGGAUAAGGGAGAGUUUUAUGAAGCAGUUCAUUGAUCGUCAACAGCAGGACAACAGUUGUUUGUUCCGGCGUCUCCCCUCUGCAUCAUCCUCCUCUUGUGACCACUCCAAACGCUCAGCCAUUGAAGACAACAAGUAUAUCGACCAAAAGCUUCGCAGGUCAAUAUUUAGUAUCCGAGCUCGUAACCUCCUGGAAAAAGAAAAUACGAUAAAUAAAAUCCUACGGCAGCAUUCUAGUACAGUUCGCUAUCGUAAUGCACAGAGAGAAGACAGUGAGAUCAAGAUGAUCCAAGAAAAGAAAGAACAAGCAGAGAUGAAAAGAAAAGUCCAGGAAGAGGAAUUGAGGGAAAAUCAUCCUUACUUUGAUAAGCCUCUCUUCAUCGUGGGGCGGGAGCACCGCUUCAGGAACUUUUGCAGGAUGAUUGUCCGAGCUCGCUUCAAUGCAUCCAAAACAGACCCCAUUACAGGAGCAGUGAAGAACACCAACUACCACCAGCUGUACGAUCUCCUGGGCCUCGUCACCUAUUUGGACUGGGUUAUGAUUGUUGUCACCAUCUGCUCCUGCAUCUCUAUGAUGUUUGAAUCCCCCUUCACCAGGGUCAUGCAUGCCCCUUCACUGCAGAUCGGGGAGUACGUGUUUGUGAUCUUUAUGAGCAUCGAGCUCAACCUGAAGAUCAUGGCCGACGGUCUGUUCUUCACCCCCACAGCCGUCAUCAGAGACUUCGGAGGAGUCAUGGACAUCUUCAUCUAUCUCGUGAGUCUGAUCUUUCUGUGCUGGCUGCCCACUGACGUCCCUCCUGAGUCGGGGGCUCAGCUGCUGAUGAUGCUGCGCAGCCUGCGCCCGCUCAGGAUCUUCAAGCUGGUGCCCCAGAUGAGGAAGGUGGUACGGGAGGUCAUCAAAGGAUUCAAGGAGAUUCUGUUGGUUUCCAUUCUGCUCCUCACACUGAUGCUGGUGUUCGCAAGCUUUGGAGUUCAACUGUUCGCCGGAAAGCUUGCAAAGUGCAACGACCCCCAUAUCCAUGUUCGGGACGAUUGCCACGGUAUAUUCCGGAUAAAUGUCAGCGUUUCCAAGAACCUCAACUUGAAGCUAAGGCCUGGAGAGAAGAAGCCCGGUUUCUGGGUACCAAGAGUCUGGGCCAACCCUCGUAAUUUUAACUUUGACAAUGUGGGAAAUGCCAUGUUGGCUCUGUUUGAAGUGCUGUCCCUCAAAGGCUGGGUGGAGGUCCGAGAUGUCAUAAUUCACAGAGUUGGACCGAUCCAUGGCAUCUACAUCCAUGUCUUUGUGUUUCUGGGAUGCAUGAUUGGACUCACUCUGUUUGUGGGCGUCGUUAUUGCAAACUUCAACGAGAAUAAGGGCACUGCUCUCCUAACGGUGGACCAAAGGAGAUGGGAGGAUCUGAAGAGCCGACUGAAAAUCGCCCAGCCUCUCCACCUGCCCCCCCGCCCAGAAAACGGGGGGUUUCGGGCCAAGAUGUAUGACAUCACUCAACACCCCUUCUUUAAACGGGGCAUUGCUGUUCUGGUGCUGGCACAGUCGGUGCUUCUCUCAGUCAAGUGGGAUGUUAAAGGUGACGCAACAUUUCCCCUUGCCACCUUGUCAGUGGUCUUCACCCUUAUUUUUGUACUGGAGGUGACCAUGAAGCUGAUAGCCAUGUCUCCAGCGGGUUACUGGCAGAGCAGAAGGAAUCGCUAUGACCUGCUGGUCACAGUCUUGGGCGUCAUCUGGAUAGUCCUGCACUUUUCCUUACUGAAUGCAUACACCUACAUGAUGGGCACAUGUGUGAUCGUCUUCAGAUUCUUUACAAUAUGUGGGAAGCAUGUGACUCUGAAGAUGCUGCUGUUGACGGUGGUGGUCAGCAUGUACAAGAGCUUCUUCAUUAUCGUGGGCAUGUUCCUCCUCCUCCUCUGCUACGCAUUUGCUGGCGUUGUGCUCUUUGGCACUGUCAAAUAUGGAGAGAACAUCAACCGGCAUGCCAACUUCUCCACAGCUGGGAAGGCUAUCACCGUUCUCUUCCGUAUUGUCACAGGGGAAGAUUGGAACAAAAUCAUGCACGACUGUAUGGUGCAGGCCCCGUUCUGCACCCCCGAUAAACAUCGCUACUGGGAGACUGACUGUGGAAACUACGCUGGAGCGCUUAUCUACUUCUGCUCUUUCUACGUCAUUAUAGCCUACAUCAUGCUCAACCUACUCGUAGCCAUCAUCGUGGAGAACUUCUCUCUGUUCUACUCCACUGAGGAGGACCAGCUGCUGAGCUAUAAUGACCUGAGGCACUUCCAAAUCAUCUGGAACAUGGUGGAUGACAAACGGGAGGGUUUGAUCCCCACAUCCAAAGUGAAGUUCCUGCUUCGACUGCUCCGAGGCCGGCUGGAGGUGGACCUGGACAAAGACAAGCUGCUGUUCAAACACAUGUGCUAUGAGAUGGAGCGCCUGCACAGUGGAGGGGACGUGACCUUCCAUGAUGUGCUCAGCAUGCUGUCUUAUCGCUCAGUGGACAUUAGAAAGUCUCUCCAGCUGGAGGAGCUGUUGGCCAGGGAACAGUUGGAGUACACCAUUGAAGAAGAGGUUGCCAAGCAAACCAUUCGCAUGUGGCUCAAGAAAUGCCUGAAGCGCAUCCGGGCGAAGCAGCAGCAGUCGUGUAGCAUCAUCCACAGCCUGAGAGAGAGCCAGCAGCAGGAGCUCAGCCGCUUCCUCAACCCCCCCAGCAUAGAGACCACCUUGCCGAGUGAAGACCACAAUACCAACAACCCGGACAACCCCUCGCAGCCUGAGAUGAGUGGUCUCCAGCAGCUGCUGAGCCCCACGUUGUCAGACAGAGGAGGAUACAGGCAGGACUCUUCAGACCUGGGGAGACCUCAGAGGAAGCUGGGACAGUGGCGGCUGCCUGCAGGUCGCACGAGUGUCAAGUCCAUAGUGUGCAAGAUGAAUCCUGUCAACGAUGAGGCUUCUUCAGGGUCGGAGGUGAAGAAGUGGUGGACCCGUCAGCUGACUGUGGAGAGCGACGAGAGCAGCGACGACCUCAUCGACAUUUAAGGAAGAGGUGCAGCCUAUCCUGCGGCUUUCUUCAGAUGAGACGGGAAGCUUGCUGGCUGACUCAAGUCGUUUCAUUUCCUCUUGCUCUCCCCUGAAAACAACACUUUUUCAAGUGUGUUUUGAUCAGAGCUCUCCAAAAAGUAUGGUCGGCUGUGCGUGCAGAUACUGCCGCUGAGGAGCCUUUUUGACAUGCAGGGAGGAUUUUGCACCUCCAUGUUAGGUAUUACUUUUCCUCUGUGAUUUCCACUCAUUAAGAAUGCUGAGGUUUUCUACGCAGGCACACAUGGUGUUAUGGCGGCCUGAGACACGAAAGGACAUGUUGCAUUCAUGAAACAAACCAAGCUGCUGCUCUAAACGUUUUCUACUGUUCUGCUGUUUCAUGUAAACUCUUCGGUAAAUCCGGUAAUCACGUUGGUGCAGCUACAAUAAUGUGUGUUGUCCUAUCAUGUCAAUGCUUUCUCUCUGUCUUUCUGUUUUAGUCCAUGUUUCUGAUAAUGUCUCUUCUGGUCUUCAGUAUUACUCUUAUAAAUAUCAAUUUUCUUACAGUCACUUUAUACCUGUUCUUAGACCAAACACAUGAAAGCAACUUCUAGAUUUACGACUGUGAAUGUAAUUAAAAGUCAAAUCUAUCUUCUAUGUAUUUGUGAAGGUCAAAACAUGAAAUAUUUUGUAAAUUAUUAUAAAUCUAUUAUACAAAUAUUCUAAUAAAAGCCUAUACAGGCAUUUAUGAGCAAAAUAG